GUUCUCAACUACUACUUGUAGCCCCUCGCACCUGCAUCACGCUGAGUAUCGGCCAUGCUGGGCACUGUUCUGCGCUGCUGGGCACUGCUGGGCGCUGUCUCCGCCGUGCAUGUGGCCUUUAUCGCCCCACCGGCCUCACACUAUGCGCCCAUGCUGCCCAUCGCACAUGGACUGCUGGAUGAUGGACAUCAGGUGAGCUUCGUGGGGUUUGAUGAGACGGUGCAGAAGAUCAAGAAACUGGUACCGAAGGCAGGACUGGUGGGCAUUGGCACCAGCCCUUUUGAUCGGGAGAAGAUGGCGCCGAUGCAGGAAUUCAUCCAGAGCGUCGAGUACAGCAAGGCACAGGUCUUCACUUCCAUGGCCGCCCCGAUGCUGGGCAACAUGAUGGGGGGUCCCAUGGCCACGGGCAUGAAAAGGCAGCUGAAGGAGUUGAAGCCGGAUGUUCUUUGCGUCUCUUUCAUGUACCCCAUCUUCUAUGCUUUGGGCGAAGUACUCGACAUCCCACUCGUCGGCAUCGGCUGGGCGGCUCCAAGCUUCCUGACUGUGCAGAUCGACCUGCCCUGGGCCACCGAGCCCAAUGUGGGCUCCAUCCAUUCGCGGCAGGAGAUCUAUGAGAAUCCCAGGCUCUUAGUGGAAAACACCCUGGUGCGGAUUCUGGGGUUCUUGGCACUUCGCCUGGGCAGCACGGUGAACAUGUGGUAUCGCUUCCAACUGGGCCAUCCCAGACCUUUGGAGGUUUGGGAGUUUGACAGCGUCUUGCAGCAUCCGCUGCUGCUCACAUCUCUUCCAGAACUGUCCGCCGGACUGCCUUCCCUACUGGGGCCCUACACCUUUCCAGUGGGCAUUUUGGACCAUUUGGCUUUGGAAGGGAGUGGCAUGAUGAAGAGCGAUGACCAAGAGAAAAUCAUGACCUGGCUCGAUGCUCAACUCGCCCAGAAGACCAAGGUCCUUUAUGUGGCUUUCGGGUCAGAGGUACGGGUGGGCAAGGCUCACGCCAGCCUCUUGGUGGACGCCUUCCAGUUGGGGAACUUCACCGUUCUGUGGGCCACCAAGGUCGCGCCAACGGUGCCGGUCCCCGAGCAGGUGCUGGUCACCAAGUUUGCGCCCCAGCGGGCGGUGUUGGCCCACCCGGCGGUCUUCGGCUUCGUGUCGCAUGGGGGGAUGAAUAGCGUCAAUGAAGCACUGGCCUUCGGUAAGCCUAUGGCCAUCAUGCCCUUCUUUGCGGAUCAGAUGAUGGUGGCAGCUGUCCAUCGUGAUUUGGGCGUCGCAGUGCUGGUGAACAAGAACGAGGCCACUCCACAAUCCUUGGCAGAGUCCAUCAACACGAUCGCCAGCGAAGCGUUUCAGCGACGAGCAGCACAGAUCCGGAAGCUGAAUGAAGAACGGAAGGAUAUGUCCCGAGCAGUUGAGGUGAUUGUGAACCAAGCAAGUGGGACAUUCCAUUUGCAUGUGCCUCCUUGUCCACAUAUUCUGAUUCGCUGUGUUCCAUUGUUCCUGACGCUUUUGAUCUGGGGAGCCUGCUGCAACUGCUGCGGCUGCUUGCGCGUACGUCCGCAGAUUCCUUGUGCGUGCUGCCGGUUUGUUUGCUGCAGAUCCAGAAAGUCCAGGAGUGGACGGAAGAAACAGGAUUGACUCGCACAACUUGUCAGUGCAAUGGAAAUGUCGUUCCACUAGUGUUCCAUACAAUUGACCUAGGACCUAGGAUGCAUGCCACAACCGCCUUGGUUGGCUGCCGUGCGUCCUCAGAUUCCAAGUCCGCGCGGA